AUAUAGGUACCGUGCAUAGACAUAAAGACAUCUUUUCGUUAAAAAAAAUUGGACGCCGGUGAAAACAGGGCGCCGGAGGGCAUAUUAGUCACGUGACAUUUGUAACUUCCACCCUUCAAUGGGCCAUGCUAAACAUCACUUGUAAAUUUCACGAACCUUGAUCAAAUCGCCCCAGGCGCGUUUUCACCGUCGUCCAAAAAAUUGUUCAAUACCCACCGCCAACCUUGCCGCCAACCUACCGCGACCGACUUAAGCAUUUGCAUCAUGGUUGACGGAAGGGGGAACAACAGCAUGCGUCUUGCUGAGGUGAAGGUUUUGGAGCAUCCUACUCUGAAGGUGCCCUACGAGAUGCUGAAUAAGAAAUUUCGCAGCUCGCAGAAGACGCUGGACCGCGAGCUGGCGCACUUUUGUUCGUCGGCCAGCGAUCUGGAGAGCAGCCUGCACCACUCGUCGGUGACGGUGGCCGACGUCAGCCGGCUGCUCGGCUCCGUCACCGACCGACUGCGCGCCCUCAAACGCAAGUCGGAGGAGUCCAUCUGCGACGAGCUGCAGUCGGCGGAGCUGUGUAGGCGCCGCCUCCAGCACCUGAUGGAGUACGGCUCCCAGAGCGCCGGCCUGCUCUCGCAGUGGAAGCGCCAGCGACUCGACCGCCUGCUGGUGGACCACUUUGUGCGCUGCGGCUUCUACGAGCUGGCCGUGAACCUGGCGCGCCACAGCCAGAUCGAGCCGCUCACCAACAUCGACAUCUUCUUGGUGGCCAGCCAGGUGGAGAACAGUCUCCGCCGAAAGGACACGGGCCCGGCCCUGGCCUGGUGUUACGACAACAAGUCUAAGCUGCGCAAAGGGCGCUCGAAACUGGAGCUGCGCCUGCGACAGCAGGAGUUUAUCGAGCUGGUGCGCGCCGAGCGGCGUAUCGAGGCGGUCAUGCACGCGCGCAAACACCUCUCCAACAUGGACGACUACCAGGGCGAGGACAUCCAGAGCUGCAUGGCGCUGCUGGCGUUCCCGGUGGACACGGACAUUGCGCCGUACUGCGACCUGUUCUCGGAGCGGCGCUGGCACCAGCUCAUCGCAGAGUUCCGCGAGGAAAACUUCCGCAUCUACCAGCUGAGCUCCGUGUCGGUGUUCCGCACCGUGCUCCAAGAUGGCCUGGCCGCGCUGAAAACACACCAGUGCUACCGGCAGGACGGCCAGGGUAACCCGGACUGUCCCGUCUGCCAGCCGCCGCUCAACGAGCUGGCGCGCCCGCUGCCGUUCUCGCACUGCACCCAGAGCCGCCUGCUGUGCGCCCUCUCCGGAAAGCCGAUUGACGAGCACAACCCGCCCAUGGUUCUGCCAAACGGAAACGUGUAUGGACGGCUGGCGCUGCAGGGACUGGCGGCCGACAUGAAGGGGCGCGUCAUCUGUCCGCGCACACAGGAGGUCUACCCGGACUCGCAGCUGGAGAAGGUGUUCGUCAUGUGACGAGCGUCCGAAGACUCCGAUCUGGGUCCGACCGCGCGCGCCAUUGGGCGCACAGACCGGGGGCGAGCCAAGCCGAGCCGCCCCGCGUAUGGUCACCGUCUGCACUUAGCAUUAGGUUCUACCAGAGAAGUAUGUACGCUUUGUGAUCAUGUAAUACAUAUUCAAUGAACUUUUAAA